AUGGAUCAGCUGAUGAGGGAGACAGACAUUUGUUCUGAUGACAUUAUCCGCACCUUCAUCUCACGCCGGGUGCUUCCCCUCCAGCGCCGGGCCCAUAAGAUAAGCGAAAUGUAUGGCCCUGGCGAUCCCACCAAGAUCACCGGCCUCCCUCUAAGCAAGGAGGAUGCAAAGCAGCGCUUUCCUCGCAUCGCAGCGGAGCAGCGAGGCCCUUGCCGGAAGCGGGCUCUGGACACGGUGGACCCGGAUCCAUACGUGCACUGGACCGACCUCAAGAUGGGCCGCACCCACACCUCGCGCCCCGAUGCUCCCUCAGCCAGCACCAACCCACAGGUCCUGGACCACGCCACCCCGCUCCAGGCCGAGGUUGGCCAGGAGUUCUUGGACAAACUUGCCUCUCAGGGCAGGAAGAAGAAGGCGCCGGCAUCUGAGGCCGGCCCCAGCGAGGCUCCUCCCGCCAAGCGCCCCCGGCAAGAAGUUGUCGGCGGGAAGGUGGUCUCCAAGAAGAAUUACCGGAGGCGGGAGAUGCCUGUUGCUUCCGGUGCUGCACUCAAGAUUUCCAAGAGUGCUUCCGGCAUACCGCCGGAAAGCUCUAAGGAAGCCGCGAGGCCUUCACCUCCUCCUCAACCAAGCCCGGGGGACAAUGUUUCCCCUCCAGAGACUCAAGACACCGGCGCCAGCAACACCGGCGCCAACACUGAAGCUGCCGGGACGGUGGAACCUCCGGUUCCCCCCGCCCCGAAGAAGAAGAAAAAGAAGGACACCAGCUCCUCUCCCUCCAAGACCGUGCCGGAGCCCUCUGCUCCGGCAACCUCUACUCCGGCAAAGGACGCCACAGAGGCUCCUGCGCCAUCCAAGACCGCACCGGCACCUCCACCGGCUGCUCCUACCAGCGAGCCUACCGCCGUCAAGCCGACACCGCCGCCAAGCCAAGAUCCCGCGACGGCCAAACCUAAAGCUUCGGAUGGCAUCAAGUUCUCCAAGCCCAAAGCUGCCGCGGUGACCUCCGCAACCAGCUCCGGCCCGCAGUCCCUUGUACUGCAUGCCGGUCGCGCCACUGUCGUGGCCGGGGAAACGGCUCCAGCUCCGCUGGGCCAGAUUACCGAGCUUACCCGCGGAGGAGCCGAGCUAGGGCAUCUUCUCGAUUAUGCUGAGAAGUGGAAUCGGGCGGAUGAGUCCCCGGCGACGCGUGGCCUGGGGAAGGACAAGAUGCCGGUCGUCGACCCUACCGGCCCCCGGAGCACUGGAUAG